AUGGCUGAGGCCAAUUUCUCGGCCGCUCUCGCGACAUGGAAGGAGAUCAACCUCUCCGAGCUCCAAAAGUCGCUCGACAAGACAGCUCUCGAGCUCGUGGAGAACCAAAAGGAGAACAUGGUUGGGCGUAAGAAGCUUGCCGAACAGACCAGAGAGUUCAAGAAGCAGCCCGACGAUGCGGAAAAGUUUGGUGCCAUCAAGGUGCUGCUCAAGGCGUACCAGGGCGAGAUUGACAGCCUUACGCGUCGCUCCAAGAUGAGCGAGACGUCAUUCCUCAACGUCUACAAGCUCAUGUCGGACGCUCCCGACCCGUACCCGCUCCUGGACGCCGCGGUUGACCAGACCGUCAAGAUCGCAGAGGCACGGGUGCUGCAGUCCGAGGUUGCGCGUCUGCGCGAGGAGAACGCCGAGCUCAAGAAACAGGUUGCUGAGGGCUCGGCCGUGGAGGACAAGCGCAAGAAGGCCGAGGGCCGCGUGGAGCAGCUGGAAGCCAAGAUGGACGACCUCAUCCAAGACCGUGUGACUCAGAAAGAGAACGAGCUGAAUGCCGAGUAUGACGAACGGAUGCGCAACUACGAGGAGCGCGAAAAGGACCUCCAGCGCCAGGUGCAGACUCUCAAGGACCAGCUCCGCGACUUGCACACCUCGAACGAGAGCACUCAGGCCAAGCUCCUCGACGCCAGCCAGCGCCAGGAACAGGACGUUUCGGCCAAGCUCUCCGAGCUCGACCUCGUCGUUGCCGACCUCAACCGCGCCAACGAGCGUGUCGCGUCGGUUGAGCGCCGUAACGAGUUGCUGCGCGCCGAGAUUGAGACUGUGCGCAGUGGUUCGCAGCAGGCUGAGAAGGUCAAGGCGCUCGAGGACCAGGUGACGGAGCUCGAGCUCGAGGCUUCUCGUCUUCUCCGUGCCCUCGACCAGGUCAAGGAAACCAAGGCCGAGACGGAGCGCGCUGAGAACAAGCGUGCUGAAGAUGCCGCUCGCGAGUCCGCCAACCAGGCUGCCGAGAUUGAUAGCCUCCGCACAAAGGUCAAGCAGUUCUCGGACUACGAUGAGAUCAAGCGCGAGCUGGAGAUUAUGAAGUAUGUCGAGUUCUCGGGUGCCGACCUCGACAACGAGGACGAGGACAUCCAGCUGCCCAACCCCAACGCCGACGUUGCCAACAAGCAGCUUGGCCGCUCGCUCGAGAACCUCCUGGUCUCCAAGAACCGCCGACUCCUCGAGGACCUGACCAAGCUGCGCGUCGCGCACGAGGAGCUUAACACCUUGCACAACAAGACGGAAGAGGGUGGCGAGACAACGCGUGCCGAGGUCGAGCGCCUGCGGACGCUCAAUGAGAGGCUGGAGAACGACCUUAUGAGCCUGAACAAGGGCGAUGGCGACAAGAGCGAGCGUAGCGCCGGCCUCGCUGGACUGGACAUUGGCGGGAAGGGGAAGAGUGGCCGCACAUCACCUGCUCCCGGCGGCGACGCGUCCAUUCUCCCCAUUGUCACUUCGCAGCGUGACCGCUUCCGCCAGCGUAAUGCCGAGUUGGAAGAGGAGCUGCGGCGACAGUUUGAGACCAUCUCGGACCUGCGCACCGAGAUCAAGUCGCUGCAAGCCGACAACCUCAAGCUGUACGAAAAGGUCCGCUACAUGCAGAGCUACCGCGACGGCGGUGGUUCGACUGUCAACAUCUCCACUCCCGGCACGAGCACGCCAGGCGGCUCUGCGUACAUGCUCAACGGCGCGUUGAGGAGUCGCGAGGAGGACAUGGGCAAGUACAAGGACAAGUACGACGAGAGCCUCAACCCGUUCGAGGCGUUCAAGGGACGCGAGGCGCAGCGUGCAAUCCAGGCCCUCAACCCGCUUGAGCGCGCCGUGUUCAGCCUUACGCGCGCUGUCAUUGGCAACAAGCGCUCGCGUAGCCUGUUCAUCCUCUACGCCGGAUCCUUGCAUUUGCUUGUUCUGUUUGUGCUGUGGAACACGAUGGCAGCGAGCGACAGUGCGAAGAGCGUACCUAUUCCUCCGCCGCAUUAG